AGGAUCCAGAUUAGCGUGUAACAGUUUCCACCGCAGUAUUCAGCGGCUGAUAUCAGACUUUCUUCUGUGAUUUCUAAACAUCCGUGAACAGUCAUGGGGCUCACGGUCUCAAAUUUAUUCAACCGGCUUUUUGGAAAGAGACAAAUGAGAAUUUUGAUGGUUGGGCUGGACGCUGCCGGAAAAACAACUAUCUUGUAUAAAUUGAAGCUUGGUGAAAUUGUGACCACCAUCCCAACCAUUGGUUUCAACGUGGAGACAGUAGAAUAUAAAAACAUCAGUUUUACAGUGUGGGACGUGGGUGGCCAGGAUAAGAUCAGGCCCCUCUGGAGACAUUACUUUCAGAACACACAGGGCCUCAUCUUUGUAGUGGACAGCAACGACAAAGAGAGAGCGAGAGAGGCAGCCGAUGAGCUUUCAAAGAUGUUGAGUGAGGACGAGUUGAAAGAUGCCGCUCUGCUGGUGUUUGCUAACAAACAGGACCUUCCCAAUGCCCUUAGUGUCAAUGAAAUCACAGAGAAACUUGGCCUCAGCAGUCUCCGCAACAGAACUUGGCAAGUUCAGGCAACCUGCGCCACCCAGGGAAAUGGCCUGUAUGAAGGACUGGACUGGCUUUCCCAAGAGUUAUCGACCAGAACCUAAACAAGGAUCGGGCUUGAAGAAAAAGAAAAGAGACUGAACAGCACAGGAAAGGAAAGGACUGAGAAGGCAAAGACAUGCGAUCUAGAAACACAGGUUUCUUAAAACAAUGUUCACAAAAAGGUCAAGACUGGUGGACAAUAGAAUGUCUUUUGGAUUUUCUUUUUUUACUUUCUUUUUUCUCUUUUUUUUUAGCAACACGACCACCUGUUUUACAUCUACACAAAAUCUUAUUUUUUUCUCCCUGAAGAACCACUUUCAUGGCUCUAGGUUUGUAAUGACACAAUCGGUUGCAUGAUGAGCAAACGACAUGUUAGGGGAAUUUCCUGAAAACAAGUGUUGACCCCCAUCCCUCCCUCCCAUGCAGCAAUGACAUGAAUCAACCACUAGUAUAAUCUUUGGGCUUACUUCAUUGAUAUUGUCGAGCCUGGGUUGGAGAAAACGUUAUAGUAUGACUAGAGUUUUGGAGAAGGACGGCUUGUAGGUGAUGUAAAACCCUAUCGGAUUUUUGACUCCCUUUUUGAAGUGACCCUUUUCUCUUCAUGUCUGUGUCCUCGAAGAGCGAGAACGACGAAGGUUAGAUGAGGCUUACCUUGAGUUCUUAAAUAGACUUUGUAGCUGCCUCCCAGUAAAUGCAUCCAAAAAGAAGCACUGUGCCUUCUUGUCCAAAUCUGAGUUAUCCUUUUCUUAUCUCUUUCUUCCUUCUUUAGUUACUACAGCGACUUUUGAAAGAAAAAAAAUGGCUUCCCUAUUAACCCCGGAUUUCUCCUCGAGAACUUGUCCUCACUACACAUGUUUCCUUUUUAUAAUAUCUACCCUGAAAAAAAAGGAUUGAAUUAAAAUGUCUGUCUUGUUUACACUAACAGGAAGAAGGAAGAAUCUUUCAAGUGGCUAGUGUUAACGCAACACAGUGAAGAAGCAUGCUUUUGCUUUAUGUUGUCCUUUGCUGCAGCGCCUCCGGCUGAUGUUGUGCUGUCUAUGGUAUAUACUUUAUAUUAUAUUCUUAGUUAUUCUACCCUUCUUAAAACACAAACACAUACGCAGCCCAUACAUUUAUUUGUGUACACAUUCCAAUUCAUUUGACAAUUGGUGGAGCUGCUACGCCUUGAAAUAUUUGCUAAAAAUAUUUUACAAAAAAAAAAGCUCUAAAUAAAGCCAAUGAAAAAUUAAAAAACAA